GCUCCUCCCACUGCAAUCACAUAAUCAGUGAAGCUCCUCCUACUGUAAUUCCCCAAUAAAUGCUGUAAAUUCCCAUCAGCUACAAGUGAAGAAGAGCAUCAGAGCAUCAGGAAGAGCUGAAAUCUGCCAAGACUGAGUUUAUUAAAGAGGACAGUGAGAACAUGAGUGAUCCAGAACCCUGCAGAAUGAAACACACUGAAGAUCCUGAAGAACAAAGAGAUCAGCUCCUCCCACUGCAAUCACAUCAUCAGUGAAGCUCCUCCUACUGUAAUUCCCCAAUAAAUGCUGUAAAUUCCCAUCAGCUACAAGUGAAGACGAGCAUGAAAGCAUCAGGAAGAGCUGAAAUCUGCCAAGACUGAGUUUAUUAAAGAGGACAGUGAGAACAUGAGUGAUCCAGAACCCUGCAGAAUGAAACACACUGAAGAUCCUGAAGAACAAAGAGACCUGAUGGAAGAGAGCGAGGAGAGAGAAGAACUGAGUGAAGUGAAGGAGGAGAGAGAAGAACUGAGUGAAGUGAAGGAGGAGAGAGAAGAACUGAGUGAAGUGAAGGAGGAGAGAGAAGAACUGAGUGAAGUGAAGGAGGAGAGAGAAGAACUGAGAGAAGUGAAGGAGGAACAUCGUGUCAAACCUGGAGAAAAACCCUUGAGUCGCUCAAGGACUAAACAGACAUUUUUAAAGAAAAGAAGAGCCAAGAAAUCUUUCACCUGCACUCAGUGUGGAAAGAGUCUCAUAAGCAAAGCUAGUCUUGAGCGUCACAUGAGGAUCCACACCGGAGAGAAGCCGUUCUCAUGUGAUCAGUGUGGGAAGAGUUUCAGUCGAUUAUCAUCCCUUAAUGUUCACAUGAGGAUCCACACCGGAGAGAAGCCGUUCACAUGUGAUCAAUGCGGCAAAACAUUUCUUAGGUCAUCAGAGCUGAAGUCACACCUGACAGUUCAUACGAAGGAGAAGCCACAUUCAUGUUCUGUGUGUGGAAAGAGUUUUUCACAGCGGAAACAUUUACAUAGACAUGAGAAAACUCACACUGUUGUGAGAGAGUACAUGUGCUUUGAGUGUGAGAAGACUUUUACUACAGCGGACGGUUUAAAACUGCACCAGAGAAUUCACACUGGAGAAAAACCUUACAAGUGUUCACACUGCGACAAGAGAUUCAGUCGAUCAGGACAUCUGAAAACACAUGAGAUGAUCCACACUGGAGAGAAGCCGCAUGUAUGCCAUCAAUGUGGAAACAAUUUCACAAACAAACAUGCUCUUGAUGUUCACAUGAGAGUUCACACCGGAGAGAAGCCGUUCUCAUGUGAUCAGUGUGGAAAGAGUUUCAGUCAAUCAUCACACCUUAAAGAACACAUGAUGAUCCACACUGGAGAGAAGCCGUUCACAUGUGAUCAAUGCGGGAAUAGUUACAGGCAAUCAUCAUCCCUUAAUGUUCACAUAAGGAUCCACACCGGAGAGAAGCCGUUCACAUGUGAUCAGUGUGGCAGAACAUUUCUUAUUGCAUCAUACCUGAAGAAACACCUGGCAGUUCAUAAGAAGGAGAAGCCGCAUUCAUGUUCUGUGUGUGGAAAGAGUUUUUCACUGCUGGAAUAUUUACAUAGACAUGAGAAAACUCACACUGGUGUGAGAGAGUACAUGUGCUUUGAGUGUGAGAAGACUUUUACUUCAGCAAACUGUUUAAAAGUGCACCAGAGAAUUCACACUGGAGAAAAACCUUACAAGUGUUCACACUGCGACAAGAGAUUCAGUCGAUCAGAAUCUCUGAAAACACAUGAGAGGAUCCACAGUGGAGAAAAACCUUACAUGUGUUCACACUGUGACAAGAGAUUCAAUCAGCCAUCAUCUCUGAAAAAACAUGAGAUGAUCCACAGCAGAGAGAAGCCGCACACGUGUGAUCAGUGCGGGAAGAGUUUCUCUAUUAAAACUCACCUGAAGCUACACAUGAAGAUCCACACAGUGGAGAAACCACUUAAACACAGUCUGAGAUCACGAACUACCAGAAAGCAUCUGGAAGGAGAGGACCGAGAGAACUCCAGAGAUCCAGAACCUGCAGAAUAAAACAUCAUGAAGAACAAAGAGACCUGAUGGACGUGAACAAGAAAGGAAAAACAGAAGCCAAUAAAUCUGUCUCC